AACUUUAUGACUUAAAUUUAGGAAGAAGAAGAGACCUUGAAGAUGAUCGAGAUUGGGACAGGUUGAUUCAUGGAGUAAUAAUACCGUUGAUGACCGUUACAGAGUUCAAACCACUUGCUUCGUUGCAUUUAUGUUAUCUAUGCAAUCAUUUUCUAGGCUUUCAAUUGCUUUGAGACAUGGUAGAGAUUUUACAAUAUAUCCCCUUUUGAGGUCUAUUCGAACUCUUGCACUUACACUAUGCAAUCUCAAGCUUCAAUGGGAAUCUCAAUCCUAUCUAUAUCACUCAGCAAAUCAAUUCAGAAUUGCCGAAUUAUCGAUACCCAAAAUGGAUAGUUUCGUAUAUCAAAGCGUGAAACAGACAAAUUGGAUGAUCACGAAGCUAUGCAGAGAGGGUCAAAUUGUCGAAGCACAAAAAUUGUUUGAUAAAAUGCCCGACCCAGAUGUGAUUGCGUGGACGAGUGUUAUCUCGGCUUAUAUACAUCGCGGAAUGAUUAGAGAAGCUAGGAGUUUGUUUGAUAGAGAGGAUGCUAACAAAAAUGUGGUCACUUGGACUGCUAUGGUUAGUGGGUACAUACGAAUGAAUCAGAUUUCAGAGGCAGAGAAGCUAUUUAAUGAGAUGCCUCACAAGAAUUUGGUUUCUUGGAACACUAUGAUUAAUGGGUAUUUGCAAAGUAAUCUAAUAGAUUCAGCAUUGAGUCUAUUUGAGAAAAUGCCUGAGAGGAAUUUGGUUUCUUGGAAUGCAGUUAUAACGGCGUUGGGUCGAUGUGGGAGAAUUGAGGAGGCUAGGAAGCUUUUUGAUUAUAUGCCCAAAAGAAAUGUGAUUUCUUGGACUGGUUUUGUAAUAUUUAAUUAUGGAUUUGCAGGCCAGAGAGAUUUGAUCUCAUGGAAUGGAAUGAUUGCAGCCUAUGCUCACCAUGGAUGUGGCGGUGAGGCAAUCAGCCUUUUCAAAGAAAUGCUGAACUUAGGAAUCAAACCCAAUGAUGUUACAUAUGUGGGGUUGCUUGCAGCGUGCAGCCAUGCUGGUUUGGUGGAUGAGGGAUUGAAGUACUUUGACGAGCUCAUAAAAGACAAAUCAAUACAAGUGCGACAAGAUCACUAUUCAUGCUUGGUUGAUCUCUGUGGUCGAGCGGGGAGGGUCAAGGAGGCUUUUGAUUUUAUUCAGCAGCUUCCAUUUGAGCCUUCUGGUUCUGUUUGGGGGGCUUUUCUUGCUGGAUGUAAUGUUCACGGGAACACAAAUAUGGGGAAAUUGGCUGCAAAGAGACUUUUGGAAUUAGAGCCAGAAAAUGCAGGUACUUAUAUGUUGCUGUCUAACAUAUAUGCUUCAAGUGGGAAAUGGAGAGAAGCUGCGAGACUUAGGUUGAAAAUGAAGGACAAGGGGUUGAAGAAGCAGCCGGGUUGUAGCUGGAUUGAUGUCGGAAACAAGGUUCAUGUGUUUGUAGUUGGUGAUAAAUCACAUAGCGAAGCUAAUCUUAUUUAUUCUUUAAUUCAUGAUCUUCAUGUGAAAAUGAAGAAGGUUGGGUAUGUAUCAGACAACGAUUUUACAAUGGAAGAGGGUUUUCUGGUUACAUAAAUUUUUGAUACACGCAAUAUAUUUGAUUCAGUGAUAAAAGAGCAACUAUUGUGGCAGGUGAAUUGAUUUUUUCAAUAGAAUGAAAUUGUUUGAACUGAUACACUGAUGAGUAAGGAUGAGCAUUGAACUCAGAAGCAAUUGGUCUUGCUUUUUCAGGCAACAUAAGCUGGUAAUGGUGGUGGGAUAUCAUUUUUCAUUUCGAGCAGAGGUAGGUGAAGAAGUGGAUUGAAUGAGACAAAGCGGGUUAGGGUGACUGCCAUUUAUGUAUCUUUUGAGGUCAUGAUUGAGCUCACCAUAAAAGAAUGUUAUUAUGAUCAAGUGUGACUGGUAAUGGGUGAUUGAAAUUAGCAGUAAAUGGAGCAUAAGGAGAGUAACAUUAGAAGAGAAUGUCCUUGGAGCUAGUGUGUGAUGAGAAAAUAUGUUAGUAGGCCAGAGAAUCAUCGUGGCUUGCGUAUAUGGUGUUCUUGACCAAUGAAGCCGUGCAAGAGGGGAGGGAUGGGGCUUACCUUGUCUCUUGUCCAGCAGUCCAAG